AUGUUUUUCUUCUCUUCCAGAACAUUACUAUCAAUUGCUGAAGCAAAUGCACAGGCGGAUUUUAAUAUAUUUUCAUACAACAAUUGGGCAGGCUCCCUUUCGUUGAACGAUUUUCCAGCGGCUGCUCAACCUCCACCACCACCUGCACCACAAGCAGCUCCAGCACCAACUCAAGCAACAUCGAAUCCUCUUGGUCCAUUAUCUUCUGCACUUCUUUUGAGUUUGCUUGCAAGCAGAUCGGCUGGUGGAGGCUCCCCAUAUCUUCAAUAUCCUUACUACAAUGGAUACGGUGGAUAUUAUCCGUAUUAUUAUUACUAUGGUCGCUACCCAUACUACUACUAUUAUUAUGGUUAA